CUCUGGGCUGCUCUGGGCCUCUGGCUUCUCUGGCGUCCAUCAACUCUCGCAGUGGACCUCGUGGACCUCGAAGUCUGAAGGGGUUCCGAAACUCAAUCAGACUGAACGCAUGUUUGCGCGUCGCUGCAACAUUAAUUGGCACCGAGACGAGACCUCCGCGACGGACAGCAGGGAUUUAAUUCAUCAUCCAGCAUCCAUCGUCCCCAGGGCCGCCUCGUUAGGCCUGAUUCCUGAUCCAGUUCUUGUUCCACGCCGUCAGCGCAGACAAUCGUUUAUUCUCCCUCUAUAUUCUGACCUCAUUCACGCUGCUCGCCGGACUUUGCUUCUAUCCCUUGCUCAUCUUCCCGCAGCCCUUGAUCAGCAUUCCAAUUGCGAGACUAGAAUCACUACGCUGUCCGAUCCGAUCCCUCCGUUGCUCACCAUCGCCGCAGACAGCGUAACAUAGCACCUUCCCUUAUCGAUCCCAACAUCAGCACUCUCUUAUAAUCUCCUCUCGCUCUCUCCCACACCCGCCAACGGGCAUUGUCAUCGACCGUCCUCAGUCAUGAAUGUCAACAAGAAACUCGAUCGUUUCAAGCAAUGGGCAGGAGAGCGCAUGGGGGGUGAAGUCAAGACCAAUGUAUCCGACGAUUUCAAGGCUCUGGAGGUGGAGAUGGGCCUCCGCCAGGAGGGUCUCGAAAAAAUGCAGCGAUCUAUGAAUGCCUAUAUCAAAGCCAUCUCCAAACGGUCCGAGGUGGAGGGCAAGGAGAAAACCCUUCCGAUCGCUUACAUGGGCGGGACCAUGAUCUCUCAUGGUGAAGACUUUGAGACAGAUUCAGAAUAUGGUCAAUGUCUCAAUAUGUUUGGUCGAACCCAGGAACGGAUGGCACGCACACAGGAAACCUACAUCACAAAUGCCACCACUUCCUGGCUAGAGUCUCUCGAGAGGUCUCUGGUCCAACUGAAGGAAUACCAGGCCGCUCGCAAACGACUUGAGACGCGCCGACUGGCUUAUGAUACUUCUCUAGCCAAGAUGCAGAAGGCCAAGAAAGAGGAUUUCCGCGUCGAGGAGGAGCUGCGGACUCAGAAGGCCAAAUACGAGGAGUCGGCCGACGAUGUUCAGCGAAGAAUGGAGGAAAUUCGCGACUCCGACCCCGAGAGCGUGGCCGAUCUUGCAGCAUUCCUUGACGCUGAACUAGCAUACCAUGACCAAUGCAGAGAAGCACUCCUCCAACUUAAGAGCCAGUGGCCUGCCAGAGCCCAGCUGUCAGGUCGUAGUGGCCGUCCCAAUCCUCGAUCAAGAUCAAACACCGUUCGGUCAUACACUCAGACAAGUGAGCCGGCGGAGGAGCCAGCAGUGAUCGAAGUGCGCCCGACUAUCAAGUCGAAUCGGGGCGGCCGUUUUGCUGACCAGCCUACUCUUGAAUAUUCGCCAGCCCGCCCGAAUUAUGCCAGAGCUACCACGUUCAACGACUCCCAUGCAGUUCGGGAUCUGUCCCCCGCCACCCGGCCUGGGAUUGCACGCAUUCCCAGCGAUUCUCUGAUGAUUCGAACGGCGCGAUCGCAGCUGCGAAGCGUAGAUGAACAGGAUGUCUUUGCCGAUGAAUCGGGCUCGUACACAAACAGUGGCUCCGACCGCGGCUACGGGGAUCAAUCUGUAUCCCCAGCAACUUCCCAUGGCAGCGAAUCAGUGAAUCUUCUGAGCGGCAAGAAGAGUGCUGUUCCGCCUCCACCCCCACCGUCACGUUCAAAGAAGCCACCCCCUCCUCCUGUACCAGCAAAGAGAACUGUUCUCACAUAAAGUAUCGUGUACGCAGGGGAUUACGAAGGCUGUUUGGAUUGAUAGACGGCGUCAGGCGCUGGAUCCGGGGGCGAGACAGGUUUCCUUGCCCAGAGAGUGACUACUAGAGCCAGGCCCAGCUGAGAAUGCAUCACAGCGGCGUUGUAUGACGUAUAAACUGAUUGAAUUUGCAAGCAUAUCAAUCUUUGGCCAUUUGCUUCGGGACCGUACUCCGCGCAAAUAUUCCGAAACUGUAUGCUUGUACUUCGUAG